AUGGCGCUCGCCCGCCCCACGUCGAAGCUUCCCGCCGGUGCCAAUCGCAUUCUGUUUGUUAAAAAUCUGAACUAUCAAAUCACUGGGGAAGACUUGUAUGACCUUUUCGCGCGAUAUGGAAGUAUUCGACAGAUUCGGAUGGGUAAUGAAUCAAAGUCGAAGGGAACCGCGUAUGUAGUUUUUGACGAUGUCAUGGAUGCGAAGAACGCGCUCGACCACCUGAACGGCUUCCACUUACAAGAGCGCUACAUCGUUGUGCUUUACCAUAUGCCCGCCAAGCAAGAUGCUGCUGCUGCAAAGGCUGACCUAGCACGCCGUGAAGAAGAGCUGGCACAGCUGAAGAAAAAACACAACAUUGGAGAUGAUUAA